GGACACUUCAACAUGGUGAGUCAAAGAGAAGAAGCAGGGCAUUGGUGUACAGCUCGCGGAACCUUGUGGAGCGUGAUCGCCUUUUUACCAUUCGCCGUUGGGACUGUGUUCCUUUCUCACUCUUGUACCCGGCAAUUACCUUUUUCACGUCAGUCCAAUACCCGCCAAACCCUUACCCAACGGUGUUUAAAUAUGCUUGCCAUUGUAUUGCGCCUCCUGCUGUAUCCUUUGCGUUGGCUGAUUGCCUGGAUUUUUGCCGGCACGGACGAAUUCGACGGUCUUUCCGAUGCCGUCACCGCCAAGGCCGCGCAGCAGUUCGUCACGUAUCUACAAACUAUGGCGAAGCAGAACACUACCGGAGUACCGGGAAAUAAUCGAACGCUCGCGGACGCGUGGGUAUCGACCGGCUUUCAAGCCGCCAAGGAGCAAGCCUUGGCUACUCAUUCGCUCGUCCUCGUGUACCUGCAUUCCCCGCUCCACCGCGAAUCGGACCGAUUUUGUCGGGACGUGCUGUGCCACCCAUUGAUGCGGCGAUUUUUGUCCCAACCGCACGUACUCGCCCUGGGCGUCAGUAUCCACACGGCGCAGGGAGCGCACUUGGCGACCACUUUGCAGGCCACGGCGUAUCCGCUGUUGGCGCUGCUGCAACCGCAGUCGGCCACCGCCCUGCACAUGCUGUUGCGCGCCGAAGGCGCGGCCGUGACGCGCAUGUCGGCCGAAUCGCUCUCGCCCUAUCUGCAGGUGGCUUGGCAACGGCAACAGCACAUGGCGGCGGAAUUAGAAACACGGCGGUUGCUGCGGGAACAAGAACAGGAACUGCGGCGACAGCAGGACGAGGAGUACCAACAGACACUCUUGGCCGACCAGGAACGGGAGCGAAUACGUCGGGAAGAGCAAGACGAAAUCCUACAAACACAACGAGAGGAAGAGUUGCGGCAGCAGCGGGAAGUGGAACAAACGGAGCAGGCCUUGGCGAGUGCCAAGGCACAGCUUGGCCCUGAACCAGAAUCAGGAGGUGCCGUGAUUCGGUUUGUGCUGCCGAGCGGAGCAAAACUAAAUCGGCGAUUUGCUUCCGACGAGACUAUUGCAACGCUCAAAGCAUUUUUGAAGGUACAUUUUCACGACAGCAAUGUGGGGAUUGAGCGGGUGGCACUGUCGACCAACUUUCCACGGAAAACGUACGAAGACGAUAGUGUUACGUUAGCAGAGGCAGACCUUACACCCCAAGCGGUUCUAAUGGUCCAAGAUUUGGAUGCGUAAAUACGAGCCAGAACAGUAAAGUA